AUGGCUCCCCUGUUUGUAGCUCUCCUUGCUCUGAGUGUGCUUGUGGUCCAUGCUUCCAAGGCCUGUCCCUACUCAUGUUUCUGCUAUGAAUCUGCCAGUUUUGUGGACUGCCAUGGCCGGUACCUGGUCCACAUCCCUCAUGGUGUCCCUCACAGCACCUGGAUGCUGGACCUGAGGCACAACAACUUGAGUGGACUGGAGGGAGGCUGCUUGGACACUCUGUGGCUGAUGAGGAUCCUUCUUCUGUCCCACAACUCCAUUUCUAAGAUCUGGCCUAACGCAUUCAAGUCCCUGAACUCCCUGGAGAAGAUGGACCUCAGUCACAACCUCCUGGCCCACUUGCCACAUGACUUCUCAGAUGACUUGACAUCCUUGAAGGACCUCAAGGUGGCCCACAACCAUUUGGUGGCCUUGGGCUUUGAAAGCCUGCAGUUCUUGGAGAACUUGGAGAAGCUGGAUCUGAGCCACAACCGGGUGACAUCAAUCGAGAGAGGCACAUUCCGGGGCCUUUCCAGGCUCCGACACCUCUACCUCCAGUCAAACAGGCUCACUGUUAUCCACAAUGGCUUUUUCUUCAUGCUGCAGAACCUGGAGGUCCUUUUGCUUCAGAGCAACAACAUCAGCUCCAUUGAGGUAGAGGCUUUUACUUCACUUCACAACAUGAACCUUCUGGCCCUGACUGACAACCAGAUCAUCCACCUCAAAUUUAAGACCUUCUUGAACAUCCAGACCAUCAGCACCCACAUCCAACUGGCCGGAAACCCCUGGGCAUGUGACUGUGACCUCCAACGGGUUUUUGGCAAGAUCGUGAGUGUCCGACACCUUCAUGUGGAUGACUACGAGAACAUCACCUGCUCCAGCCCCUGGCAGCUGGCAGGCUCUCCUCUCACUUCAGUGGACAGCCAGCUGUGUGUGGCUGAGACAGCCACUGUCUUAGUGAUCACUGUCACUGUCCUGGUGACCGUGAUUGCUGCCAUUGUCAUGGCAGAGAGGAACAGGAAGAAGAACCAGGAGAAGAACUGGAAUGAGUCAGAGGGGCCGUUUGAUUCACAGGACAAAUGA